AGUUCUGAAGAGCGUUGGAUGCGAUGCUCUGCGUCCAAUAUGUGGGCUGACGAGCAGCAAGUACUCCCGUCUGUUCAUAUUUUCUCCAAAGUAUUGACUUGCCAGCAUGCAACGGGGGCCGGCUGUCAGCAGCAGCAGCUCCUGCAGCCUGCCGGCCUCAACGAACAGGAACAGGGACGACCAGCAGCUGCAAGAUCAGUGCCAUCAAGUACGUCUUCAAAAUUCAUCCAGGAUUACGAGCGGCGGUGUGGUCCUUAUGAAUUACAAAUAUGACAGGGUGUAGAUCUCUGUGUGAUGCGAAAUGUAACGUAAGUAGCAAUAGCUGUACAUCACCAAGAUCUGUAUGGCAAGAGGGGGACUUCCACGUCUGGGCAGUUUUUUUGUAGUGGUGCAGGGACGCACUGAUUUGUAUGUAAUCUUACCACACAACCAAAUUCGCCAUGAAAUUAUUAUCUGCAAAACUUGUGAUGCGUUUUUGCCGUCGUACAAAUAAACAAAGGCCGCAUUGCCAUGCAAGGCUCCGCAUAGUGGCAGGUGGUCACGUUCAUGAUGUUUUUUCCAGACCUCCACCCAGACAUGUUUGCAUUUGAUUGCCGCGCAAAAGAAUCGUCCUCCAUGUGGUCGAGGGCAACCAAGGCUCGUGCUGCGUUUCAGGAACCUUUCUACUCGCGCAACGUCUUCAACAUCGGUGGAGCUGGAGGCUACAUACGCAUUGCAAAUUUUGAUUCCCGUAGUACACGAUUUUGUACGUCAAAAUGAUACAGACAACGUUCUCGCUAAGAACGUAAACAAAGCGUGAAGAAACUUGUCAUGCUGAACAAUUUUAGCUUUGCAUACGAAUUUUGAUGAUGUUUUCAACAGGAGUAGAAACUUUGUCACGCGUUGACACCGUUCGGACGCAACAUCGUGUGCGAUACAAUUACUGUGGAUACUGUAGGCAGAUCACCUGUGCUCUGCGGGGAGGUGGAGAUGAUGAUGAAGAGGUGCCCACCAGAAAAAUCGCAACCAUCCAGGACAACCACGACAACAUCGCGAAAAUCUACCGUGGAGCCCGACGCUCUUCCCAAGAAACCUUAUCCCGGAAAAAUCGGAGGCGUAUUGCACACCCCGCGCGGUUCAAGAAGCAAGAGCUGUUUCAUCAACGUCGGAACCACCUUGCAAGGACGCCGCGGCGUCGGAAUGAAAAAGACAGGAAAGGAGCGAAAGCGACUCUACUUUCCAUCAACUGGGUGCAUCGCAAAAGUGCAAAUGCAAAAAAAGAGACAGCACGACGACGCACAGGAGGAGGACGAAAGUGGUGCUUCAGUCCGCGCAUCGGCAGCUUCUUGUUCACGAACAAGCGUACUAAAGCCGGGCAACGAUUAUCUGGAAAAAUGGAAAAUGAAUGUAAAAACUCCAAGCGGCUUUGCUUUUGAUUACAGAAGUAGACCUCAAGAAGCGAAACUGCGAAACGAGGAGGACAUCGCGCAAAGAGCUUCCCAGAGAAGCCCGAACAUCCACGACCCGCAGUAUUAUGGCGCUCUUUCGCGGACAUGGACAAAAACAUCAACGGCCAGCUGUAAGCUUCGCUGCUGCAAGAAGAGAUCCACUAGUACAACGAGGACCUCCACACGGCAGCACCAGGUAAAGGAGCGGCGAAGCAAAGCAAAGCUUGCCACGACUCCACCCUCUGCUGGUUGUCCACCUGCAGAUUCUUACGCGGUUGUAAAGGAUUCGAUUGUGAAAAAUUUUCUGAAGGCCAAGAAAGUGAGGAAAAGCAUCAAAGCAAUUUCGUCGCUUUACCUGCUCCUGUCCGGCGCAACGAUGCUGCAGAGCUCUUUUGCCGUCGUUCUUCAACACCCGGAAGACGACGCGGCAGAGGACUUUGGCGUAUUCAUUGCACAAGCAUCGUAACUGGUAGAGCACAAACUGGAUUAGGAUUAGGAUUUUAGUUACUCUUACAAAUUUUCUCAGUAUGGAAAAUCAGCAAAAUGGAGUUUGUCAUUCUGGUUUACCUCGAGAAGGACAAGGAGAUAGAUUUGCCAUGCCUAUCCACAAUGAAAGCAAUGCGAGUGCGAUACUUUUGCAGUGGAUACGGGGCCAAGUUUUUUGAGAACGUGCUCGACGAGGAGAGCUAUUCGCCCACGACGACUGGCGGGUCUUCAAUUGAUGCCGGCAGUCUCGCUUUCGACCAGCAAAGCUCCGACGAUGUCAGCCCCGACCCCCCCUACUCUCUGCUGCAGCAGCAGUGGUCGAGUGGUGGGAGGAAGCCACAUGAAAAUUUGAACUUGCUCAGCAUUCAAAACCAAGCGAAAGCUAGCGGCGCUACUUCGGUUGAACAAACAUCAAGCGAAAGGACAAGUAGAACUGCUGCAGCCUCGGAAAGGAGCAAAGCAGAGAUGAAAACUUCUACUGCUGCAGCGCAAGAGCAGACCGAAAUAAACAAGAAGCGAACAGCAGCGAAAGACGAGCAAGAUCCGGCGGAAGUGGGUGGCUUUGAAGCAGAUCAACAGCCUUCUAGUAGCGUCCCUUCCGCCGUAGAGCUACCAAGUGCUCCUUCCUCUGCGGCAUUAUCUCCAGGACUGCUCGGAUUGGAAGCUGAGACCUACGAGGGGGAGGGUGGAGGACUGGGGAUGUCUAGCGGGAUGUUCAAUGUCACGGCUGGCUCAAACAGCACGUCGACGUCUACCAGCACGUCAACAACUACUACGACCACAACCUCGACGACAACAUCGACGUCGACCACCACCUCGACCACGACCACGAGCAGCACCACAACGUCGACCACGACGACAGACAGCUACCUCGGGCAGAACGGACAGGCGACGGUCGCACUCGGCUCCGUGCCCGUCGCAACGAUUGCCCAGAAAACGCCCACCGGGGUCGGGUUUACCACGGUACUGGCGCCCAAUGCGUUCGCCGGACAGGUCGUGACUGCUGCGGCAAGUGCAGGAGGAGCAGCGGGACAGCCGCAACAGCAGCAACAGGGCGCCAACACCCAAAAUAGCCCGCAGAUGGCGCAACAGCAGCAGCAGCAGCCAGGAUCUUAUGGUAUGCAGAACUCCAUGGGAGCUGCUGCUGGCACCGGAGCCGGUGUUGGCGGUCCAGCAACGCCGGGAAGCAGUAUGCAGAACAGCAUGGCCGCGAAUUAUCCUGCUCCGAACUCUGCCAAUUCUGCUGGGCCAAAUGCGGCCGCAGUUGCUGGAGCACCUGGUGCUUCGCCUUCGUCAGGGCAGUACCAGUACAGUUCUUCGGGGACGCUGUCUGCAUCUCCCGCUGCCGGAGGUCAGGGAGGAACCACGUACUCACAAUCCGGGACGACUACGAUAAAUGCAGGAAACGGAGGAGCUGGGGCCACGGCGACCGGAGCCGCCGCAAGCAACCCCACGACGACGACCGGCCAGCCGCAGUACUUUGGCAGCCCCUCAAGUAGUCCAGGAGCGGCGAGCGCCGGACCUGGUAGCGCUCCACCUUCAGCGAUGGGCAAUGCAAACAACAAGAAUUUACCCCUCGCCUACUCUGGGGCGAACCCUAAUACAGGUGGACCGGGAUCGACGUCAAAUGCCGGUGGUUCUGCUGCUGGGACCGGCGGCGCACAGCAAUCGCAGCAGCUGUCAGGACAGGCACAAACAACCGCUUCCGCGACUACAACGGCUGCAACGACGUCGAAAAGCUCUAGUGGAAAAACAGCAAGCUCGACAACCAGCACCACGAGCACGACGACAAGCACGACUACGGUGUCGACCACUCCGAACGCGACGUCUCUUUUGCAGCCCCUUGGUAUUUAUGCAGUGCAAAUAUGGUUGGGUCUGGAAAGAAUGGAAUAUUUGUGAUGCCAACUCUCGAUCAUACCAAAAUUUGUAUUGCUUUCCUUUCGCAGCAGAAGGUACUACGCGGAUUCCUGCUGCCGGAGAAGGCAUUUCUAAUGCAGAAUAGGCAAGUAGAGAAACAGAAAUCAUUCGCAAAACCUCUACUCCUGAAAGAGCAUGCAUUACAGACAUCGGAGGUCAUGCAAGAUUUGCAUGACAGAGGUGAGUCAGCCAACCUGCAGGACGCAGAAAUAUUUGCAAUCCAUAGUACUCAGCACGAGCGCGACGUGUACGAUCGGAUUUUUUACUCCCAGUCCGUGGCGGCCUUGCCGACCGAGGUGGUGUUUUUCGGCCCCGAGGGGCUGGAUGUCUGCGGCACGGUGUCUUCCUCGCUCUCCCAGGAGGAGUGCGAGAAACAGAAAUUCAUCAACGGGGAGCCGCUGCAUUGGGAGGGCGUGGUGCGGAUGGACAAUUUUCCCCCGGGCUAUGCCUUGUAAAAUCCGUAUCGUGCUACUAGUACUAGCUGUAGUUGUAAUUUUCGCACUUCUGUAAAUUUGCCAAGCAUGAGCAUGAAGACCACAAGCGGAAUUAUUUGGUAUGCCGAGCUCGGUCAGAUGAAACCAGAUUUGUCGAUGCAAAAAUAUUGCAUACGAUUUUAAUUACGACGAGUACGAUCCAAUUUUUGCAGAGGAUACGGACUGCGGGUGGUUAAUUCCGCCGAGUCAGACGCAUAAGAUCCUGUACUAUAACCAAGGCGUGUCGCAAAACAGCACCACCUCGGCCGGGCUCGGAAUCCCGCCGAAAAAAAAGUCGCUCGCGAGCCACCUGCAGAACGGGCUGGUGUGCAAGUUACCGGUGAAAGAGGUGCUGAAACGAAAGGAGAUGGAGCACAAGACCGAGCAGGAGCAGCUGAACAAGAAGCAGCAGCGCGCGGAGGCAAUGGACAAGCAAACGCAGCAGCAGCAGGAGGUGCAACAGAAAUUGCAGGACGACCAGAAAAAGCAGCUUGAAAUGACGCAGAAGGAGGUGACGAACAAGCAGAGCGACCGUAUGAAGCAGGUCAAAGAAAUUUUGGACAAAAAGGGGGAAACCGACACGCAAGCCGAUUCGGAGAUCGAGGCCUUGAAAAAGCAAAGGGCAGAGCUUAUGGUGUGAUUCUCAGCUGGAACCAUCUCCCAUGGAGCAUGAUUUUGUGAUGAAAACGAAAUGCCGAGGAUGACCUGUCAUCUACACUGCCAUGGAGCGUAGCAUGGCAAAUCUCUUCGCCUUGACAUCCAAGAGCCCGCAUUGACAGCUAUCCCCUUCGCAUCGAUUUAGUCGUGCGCAGCUGAAGCACACGGAAGCAGCUGCAAAGAAACUUUUCUGCUUGUGCCCCUUAAUCCAUGCAAGACAAAUUUACGUAUUGUGCUCUACAUUUUUUUUGUCGGUUCAAGAUGAGAUUGUUUCAGCUGAGCAGGGCAUAAAACUGGAGGAAAAAGCAGCGCUUGAGAAAGUAAAAGCGAUGGCGGCCAAGGCACACGAGGAAAAAUCCAAAGAAGAAUGGAUGAAAAACAAACGUAGUGACUUUUGUACUUCUUGUUAACUCGAUUUGAUGAAAAAUCUUGGUCAUGCUACUCCCUGUCCCUUGUUUACAGGAAUCGCAAUGACUUUUUGCGUCUUUUUGUCAAUGUUUUCAUUCCGGGACCACGAGCUUCAUCCAUCAUCAACAUUGUCUACUCAUAUUAUUGACCGCGCGCAAUUAUAUCAAACAGAAAACCUCGCGGCGAAGUCGCAGGAGAUGAAGGCCUUGACAAAUUUAGCCCGGAAGCAGGAGGAAGAAACGCUGAAGGAGCAGCGCAUGAUGGAGAGCACUAUGAAAUGCAAAAAUGUCUGGGUCAGUCUCAGUCUGGAAGGAUUCGACCUUGUGAUGCUGUCUUUGGAUUCCAAAAAAGUCUGUAUUGCAUGACCAGCAAAAGGAGUCCAGUUUGUGCUACGCGGAGAGGGCAUUUCUCAUGCGGAAUAGGCAUCAGGAAGCCUUCUAAAAGUCUGUGAUGCUAGGUCAUGCAUGACAGGCAUCAUGGAUCAUGCAAAACAUGCAUGACAAACCUGGCACUCUUCCAGACCCAGACAUUUUUACGAUCCAUAAGCACGCAGAAGACGCAAAUGCGGUCCAACGAGAACGACCAGAAAGUGCAGACGCGGCUAGAUGAGAUCGCUACCAAGGAGCAGAUAUGCAUUUUCGCAAGACAAGUAUCAUACUGCUAGGAAUAACUGCACUGCAACUUGUAAAGAAUUCUACGCAAGAACGAGAUAUCAGAGCGGCACGGGCACUUGCUUGUCCUGGUUUAGGGAGCUGCAGAGAAGAUUUGUGAUGGAAGAUUGCAAGAGUUCCGACGCGUGUGAUGCUGUAUUUGCAAAAAUCCAUAGCACAUGAAAAAGCGCGCCGAACAAAACAGCAAAGCCACGAGCGUGGUGCAGGUGAAGCUCCAAAAGGAGGAAGAGACCAACGAGAAGGACACGAAGAGUGUGCAAAACGACCUGAAGACAAAAGAAGAAAAGAACAAGGAAACCUUGGCGAAAUCCAUCCAAAAGAAGCAAACCGCCGAAGCGCAGUCGAAGCAAGCGGUCGCUGCGCUGGAAAAAUCCAUGCAGCAGCAGGAGUCGGUGGAUAAACAAAGUAUUCGGGACGCGAUCAAACGGAAGAAUCAAGCGGAAGUGGAUGAUAAGGAUCAACUGAAGACGACGGAGGAUAUGAUCCUGUGCAUAAGUAUAAUCGUAUUAAGUAGUAGCAAAAAUAGCAUGACAAAUUUCAUAGUCAGCAGGAGAAAUGCAAUGUGUAAUGCGUAUUUGCCUUGAGAAAGAGAUAUAUGAAUGCGAUUAGUACGAGUGCAAUACUUGUGCAAUUCAUAGAGGAAGACAACAAACAGAAGCUGAAGGCCAAGGAGACCGCGACCAAGGCAAAGAUGAAACAAGCGGAGCAAGACCAGAAGACGAAGAUGAAGGACACCGAGACGGGCUACAAGGAAAGUCAAAACACCACCGAAAUGAAGAUGAAGCAGGUAUCAAAUGCAAAAAUGUCGGGGUCUGGAAGAGCCAAACUUGUGAUGCUGCAUUUGGAUGCCAAAAAAAGCUGUAUUGCAUGCGCAUGCAUGUUGACCAGCAAGAGGAUUCAAAUUUGGCUACCUGUCAUGCUGGUCGCGGAGAGGGCAUUUGUCAUGCUGGAUGCGCAUAGAUAAGCGCUCAAAAAAUCUGUGAUGCUAUGGCAUACAUCACAGAAGUCAUGGAUCAUGGAAAAUGUCCACGACAAAGUUGUGCUCUUCCAGACCCAGACAUUUUUGCAUUUGAUGACAGGCAGAAGAGGACGACAAGGAGCGCAUGAAGGUCACGGAAGAGGGAUACAAGCAAAACAUCACCUAUGGGGUUCUCAAACGUUACAUUCUCAACUGUUACAUGGAUUUGUGACGCAAGAAUGGCAACAGUCAAAGGGACAAGCUUGCUGCUUUCGCAUCACAGAUUUGGUACAGAUUUAGAUGCUGCCCAGCCUCUCGGAGAUUUGUCAUGCGAAGCAGCUUGAUCACGUGGCGGCUUAAGGUAGUCUUGCAUUACAGAUUCAUGUAACAGUUGAGAAUGUAACGCUUGAGAACUCCAUAUCACCUUGUCCAUGAAGCGCACAGAGGAGCUGAACAAGGAGCAGUACAACACCAUCGACGAGUAUAAAAGGAAAAAUGGCGGGUUGGUGUGACGUUUUUGAAUUUUUAGGAACAGCAUCUUCACAGACUUUUUUUGCAUGAGAAAGAAACCUGUCUUCACAUGCGUCGUUUCCUGGACAUUAGAGUCAAAAAUACGUACGACUACGAAACUAGCCCACGAUGCAUUUGUUCCAGCACGAUGAUACAAGUGUAGUAACCUCCGUUUUGCGCCGUCAACAACUGCAACACAAUAAAGUUACACUUGCUCGGUUUUUUUCUGCCAUAACCAGAUGCGGCAGAACAUGACCUACAGCCACCACGCAAAAAUGAUCGCGGAGGAGUACGACCUCCUCAAACGUUACAAUCUCAAACGUUCCAAUAGAGUCUGGAUUUUGUCUUGCAUGAGAUUGAGAAGCAUGAGACACGUGCAUAGCCUUGCGCUUUUCGCAAUACAAAGCUCGCCGGAUUUGAGCGCGAUUUGGGGCUCCAAGACUUGUCAUGCGCAAUCCUGUAGGCGGACUACCACCUAGGCUAAGUCAUGCCUUUCUUGCGUCACAGAUUUCUGUAAAUUCUUUUGCAAUGUAGACUGUAACAGCUGAGCAAGUGAUAGGGAGCAACGCGACAAGGCGGUCGGGAGACAGGUGCAGGAGCGGCUGACCAAUAUCGGGAAAAGCUUCAGCUACCGGCUUGCCUGGCACCGCAACCACAGCAGCAGUCUGGCGAUGAAAUAUUUCAAGGAGAUGGCGGACUGGCAGCAGAUGGAGGCGGAAACCCGGGAAAAGCUGGCCUAUCGGACCAGGAAAAGCACCCGAUCACAGCAAGAACGAGCGACAGUUUAUCAGAAUGAGUGAUGCAGUUGCAGAUGCAGACCGAAAAUACGGGAACAAAAAUUGAAAUUCAGAGUCGCGCAUGUAGUAGCAUUUCGUUUUGCAAGUUUUGUUAACGAAACGCGCAUGGAAGUGAGUACUCUGUAUACAUAGAAAUAUCUUCUGAAACAGAACCAAGAAACCACCGAUCCAUUCGCAGUGGGCACUGCAACGACCAUCUUGAUCUUGCGUAAUAAUGAUAAGCAGAGUUGUACUACUGACGAGACGAUCAUGAUCCACUAAGUCAGCCCUCAGCUUGACUACAAAUCACCGCUAUGAUUGCUGGUGCUUUUCGCUCUGAUAUUUCCGCAGUAUCCGCGAACGCCUCGAUGGCGCAACAGGUGGAGGCAGAGAAGAAAGAAGAAAACCGAAAAGUCCUACUAGGUAUAAUUGAGUUGUAUAUAUAGCGUCACUGCACUACUUUCUCAAUACUAAUCUUUAUGAUAGAUCAUGGAAGUGAGACGAGUGGUGUGAAACAGCACGAAGCUCAACAUGUGAAGGUGAAAGCAAAGCUGAAGCUCAAACAAGAUAAGUACAACUUGGUGUUCUACUCCUGUUCGAAUCCAAAGCAGCGAGCUGUGAUCGUGCCGCUUUUACCAUAUUUCCGAGUAGACGAUCUUCCGCAGGAAGAAAAAUUCCUCGUGGUUCAUUGAAAUUGAAAAAAACGCAGUAUCAAGAGAAGGAACAAAAUCAUCACGAGAAGUACAAUCAAUCGUAAAAAUCUAUCAAUCGUCAGAGCUUCAGGAGAAAACUACCGCGGAAGAUAAGGAAAAGACCGACUUGGAGGUAAAGCGAAAAAAGCAGUCCAAGGCGAAGCAGUCUAUCGUACGAAAAAAGUGUUUCACUGUAAGGAUUUUGCAAGUUUUGCAUCACAACUUCGUUCUACCAAGUUUGUUCUACAUGACAGAGAAAACUUGCCAUGCGAGGUUCCUAAGGGAAAACACAGCUACAAAUCGACUGUCUUGCAUGUGUCGCAAGACAAACACUUCUGAGUAUACAUUUUCUGCAUUACAAGUUUACAGCGAAACAGUUUUUUCUUGCGAUACAGUCCGCAAAGCGCGCAAUCUCGAUUCUCGCCGACAUGAUGAAGAAACAUGCGCAGGGGCUGGUCGACGACAAGACGCUGAAAAAGGCGGAAAUGGACAAAAAAGAGAAAGAGGGCGCAGUUUUAUGAUCCCGGAGAAAAGAAACGAUAGCAUUUCGACGCAAAAUAUGAGUUUGUAAUGGAAGAGUAAACAACACGAUCGCAAAAGCUACAUCGACCUUGUUGCGUUGCAUACUCUAAGCAGCAGGAUGUUCUGACUGUGUGCUUUCCCAUGUUGGCAUUCUUUUUUGCGUGUGGCUUGUUUUUUUCUGGCGAAUCGAUUGUCGAGUGACCUGCUUAGUUUUUUUCUGUGCGAUACGCUUCGCGGUGGGUAAAGGAUAUGGCGUCGAUGAUCACGGGCAAACCGAAUAUCAAAUGUAAAAAUGUCUGGGUCUGGAAAAAUGCAAGUUUGUCAUGCUUGUCUGGCAUGACUCUUAAAUCUGUCAUGCACAUUACCAAAGAGUCCCACUUUUCUGUCAUGCAGAAACGUAGUUUGUCAUGCAGAAUAGGCAGCACCUAGAAGCUCAGGAACUUGUCAUGCUGAUCCAGCAAUUGUGGCCUCCUCAUGAUAUGCCACACAGCAUCACAAAUUUCCAGACCCAGACACUUUUACACUUGAUACCCAAUAAGCAGCGGCAACUGGAGAUAACCGUGAAAGAAGAAAUAUGGCGUUCUCAACUGUUACAUUCUCAACUGUUACAUGGAUUUGUCAUGCAAAAGCACCACUAUCAUCCUCACGAUCAAGCUGCUUCGCAUGACAAAUCUGCGGAGGGCUAAAUAGCACUGUAAUCCUUCCCAAAUCUGUAAUGCAAAAGGCGCAAUCUUCCUCCUUUCACUAUUGCCCUUCUUGCAUUACAAAGUCGUGUAACAGUUGAGAAUGUAACAUUUGAGAACGCCAUAAGAAAAACGCGUGAAAGAAUCCGCUGCCAACUACACCAUCGCUGCUCGGGCGGCCUACAAGGCGGAGAUCUUGCAGAAGCAGCUGCAGGAAAAGCAGACGAAGCAGCUGUCGCGGACUCUUGAAACUUUGAAGAAAUCGGAGCUCGAAAAGGGCACAAAACUGAAGGGCCUCGCCGAAUCGAAGCAGAAGGAAACUGCGCAGCAAGCAGAGACCCUGGAAAAAUCCGAGGACGAAGCGAGUCAGAAGCAGCUGCAGCGCAACACGCAACUGCAAGCGCAAUUGGCGACGGAGGAGAAUAUGAAGCAGACGCUGGGUGGGUUGCAGACCCCGGGAAGCAGCAGUUUCAACCCGCAGCUGGCCGCGAAAAUUGCGAGCUCGAGCGUGCUGACACAACCGAUAAAAGCGCUGGCAUCGAUACUGAAAAACGGGGGUAACCCCACGGCCGCCACCAUAAACGCAGCGGCCUAUGCAUUGUGCAAAAGUAGUAAAACCGUAGUAGAAGUAUAAAUUUAAAUUGCAUUACUCGAAGUCAUUAUCUUUUUAGAAAACUAUCCACUUUGCCAUUCAUGAUAAUGUGGAAAGUUAGAUCAAAACUUGUCACGCAUAACUGCAAUUAGGAGGGUUGCGAUACUUUUGCACCGGAUACGGGCAACGACGCAGCGAAUCAGGCAAACACGAUCAACAACAUGCAAGCCCAACUGGCGACGUCGCAGCAGGCGGCGCUAAACGCGCCGGACCCGAACGCCGUGACGCCACCGCCUGCAGUGACAGGAGAUCCAACGGACCCGAUCCAAGCUCUAGCCAACAUGAUCAAAGGCACGGGAAACACGCAGCAACCCGCCCAGGGCCCGGGCGGCGCCCAACUCCCACCGGGUGGCGCUGCCGGAGUGUCGCCGAUAGCAGCGCUCGCAAAUAUUCUCAAGGGCGGGUAUGGGAGGGGAGGCGAAUUUCUCCUGUUCAAGUAAAUUACAAAUGAACUUGAAAAAACUUGCUCAGACCGAAACGCUUUGCACCUCUUAAUCCAGUUAUCUGAGUUAUAUUCGGUGCGGGUGGCGCAGCUCCCGGUCCUGCCAGGAGGGCUCGUUGCAGGAGCUCAAUUGUCAUGUAUAGCCACACGCCUGCGGUCUCUGCGUACUGGGAAAACAGUUUUACAGAAUAUGCCCAGGACUCCAAUUAGACGUGCUGUCGUGUGAAAUUUCUGGAACAAAGUGAAAAUGAAACUUAGGACUAGGCUUUGCCCUCCAUACCCGUGCCGGAGAAGCGCGGAAGAAAAAAGCACAAGAGAUGAUGCAGAAGGGAAUUCAGCGCACCAACGAAGACAUGCCGAUCAAUCAGCUUGCCGGACUUAUUAUCACAGGAAAAGGUGUUGAUGUGCAAGGAAAGAAAAUCUGUCAUGCGAUAUUCACGCAGUUGCAAAAACGAAACUGAGUUCAAAUUUGUAUUGCCUUCGCACAAAUCACGAUUGGCAAAUACAAUAAAUCUGUCGCACUUGUUCUGCGAGGAUCUCCUAUCAAGAAAGCCGUUACAUUUGACUAGCUGCACCUUUCAGGUUGAUACUACUCAAGGAUGAUGAGGUGCAAAAGAAAGUGAAGCGCGGGGAUUUGCCCAAGGACGGUACAGACUUGAGGGAUGUGCUUUUUAGUAGUGGAGUCGUUGUAGAAGUAGAAGUCUUUCUUGGUUUUUCCAAGUAUUCUCUAGUAUCGAAAAUAAUCGCUUGCGUUGCAUGUAAGUAUCAGCAUCUUCAAGAGGGCUUGAACAGAAAUACUGAAAAUUAUUUACGAUGUAUGCCACGACCACCAGUGCUGCAAACAGGACGCAUUUUCACAUAAUUGCAAUAUGCUGAACGAAGAUCGUAUUCGUAUCACAGAACCCGAUUACCCGGUGACAAUUCAGUCGCGUGCGGUCAACAUCCCCCUACAGUGUUAUCAACUGCAAAGAGAUACAUCUGGGUCUAAAAGAAUGGAUGCAAACUUGCAAAAAUGCUGACCUCGCAUACUCGUUAUUUCUGUACUGCAGUGCAUGACAUUAGUAUACAGAAAAAUUAUAGCGCUGGCGCUGCCGUUUAUCUUUUGUUAUGCAAAGACGGGACUUCAGAUGCGCAUGCGCGUUACAAACUUUUACAGAACCGCUCUAGAAGAAAUUCUUUUGCUUCUUCUUUGCUUGUUACUAAAGCGAGCUUGUCAUGCAGACAUUUUUGGCGUGACAUCUUUAUUCCAGAACCAGUCACAUUUACGAUGCAUACAUAUCCUGUCACCGCGAUCGCAGACCCAUUGUUCGUCCGCGCCCUACGCCAAACAGUCGCUAUACUGAGUAAAAGCGUCCCCAUUUUUGAAUCUCUGGUCGAACAAAAAUAGCCCAGAUUUGUCAUGCAAAUCUGAGUGCCUGAAAAUGUUUCUCAUGCGCAGUCACAUUAGAAGCAUUCUUUGAUGGUAUCGGACAGCUUCUCAUGCUAGAACCAGGAUGAGGCGAGCAAUUUGCGACGCAGGUACACAACUACACAAGAUUUGUCGUGCCCAACAACCGAAAGCUGUUUUUUGUCGUGUAGCAAGAAAAUGCUACCCACAUUGACUCGACGCGGUGGGGACGUUUUUUCACAGGAUAGUUGCGGACUUUCUGUCUAUGAAAAUGUCAGUGACGAUCGAAAUGGGCGCAGUUGCGAAGGCAGACGUGCAGGUAGAGAAGAAUCGAAAUGAUUUAUAGAUGAGCUGAGGGCGCUUUCAAUGAAUGAGGUUGUCAUGAUCAUGUUGCGCGGCGUUCACAUGGGCCGUGCUGGCACAUGUUCUUUUUUUCGUGCGCUUUCCAUAGCCAAAUUACCCUGAUCACUUCAAAAAGGUUCUGCCACUUUCCACCACAACCACGACCCCGUCGCCGCCUUCGGUCUACUACGGAAAGAAAGUGAGCGCUGAUCUUAUUUCCGGCUACUGCUAGUUCCAAGAAGAAAGCCAGCUGAUGAAGCGGAGAAUAACUUUCUGAUGUGUGCAGCUCUUUAUCUUUUUCCUUGUGAUGAACAUGGUGAUGCAAGAAAGCCGGCCUUGUUAAAUAAUAGCGAUUCACUCCAGAUCCAGAUCGCAUAGAGUUUCGUCAUUUACUUAUUUGGGUGUGCUUUUUGAUUUGCGUGGACGAAACACAGUGGAGGAGCAUGAAGAAUCCCCAUAGUACUAGCAAGCGGUAUCUAUUAGUUUUUCUUGCAGUUGGCAGCACAUCCUGAAGUCUGUCACUCACUUCUCCUCCAUACCUCCGUGUUCCUCCAGCAGGACUCGACGCUGCACCGUGCCAAAGCUUCAUCUAAAAGCGAACUGAAAAGAAGCACCUCCACGAAGGCAGCCGCAGGCUCCGGGAGCAAGUUGCGCCAGCUGAUGAGCCAGAAGCUGCAACAGAAACUGGGUAGCAAGGCCACGACGAGGACCGGUAGCAAGGCCGCGAACAAGAUGGCGACCAGAUCAACAUCAACUCGAGCCCGAGCUGGCAGCUCCUCGUCGAAGCAGCAACCCUACUUCCAAGUUGUGCAACCCGCGGCCGUCUAUCCACAGUAACUUUCCCGUACACGUACAAAUGUCGUCUCUGCAUGACAAAAUUAGGCUUCGAUCCUAGUUUAGCAUGACAAGUGUUACACUCCAAAUUUGCGAAAUUUGUGAUGCAUCUUGUACAUCUACGGGAAAUUUGUAUUGCAUACCGUCCAGGGUAACUACAUGGAGCAGCCGAUGCUCCUGCAGCCGGGCCAGGAUCCGGUUGUGCUGCAGCAAGAGGGGAACCAGCCACUGGUCGUCGUGCAGCCAGGAGGUGCGAACCCCAGGC